AAAGAAACUGGUACUCCGUCUACACAAUACACUAUCUAGGAUGAAGAUCUCUCUCCCACUUUGCCCCACCUUUCUACAUACCUGACAGUCAAAGCUUCGGCAAAGCAGAUCUUGAAGAACUUCACCUGCCAACUUAUCCUCAUACAAUAACUUCUCUGUAUGGAAAGGACGCAUGCUCUUUUGCUGAAUGCUUCCAUAUUAGCUUUCAGUUCUACUCAAGAUGGCUUCUUGUUGCCAUGUCACGUCUGAAGGGCUGAGGAUUCCAGCUUCGUCGCAGGUUGUAUAUCGGGAAGACUGUACACAGUGUUUCGACUCAAUAGAUGAGGAACAUGGUCUUAAUGUUUGCUUAACAUGUUUCAAUGGAGGCUGCGCUGGUGAUAGAAAUCAUGCCUUUCUCCACUAUGAACGUUGCAGUCACCCUCUAGCGCUCAAUAUUAAAAGAUCACGUAAAAACGUCCAGAGGGAUGAGCCACCACAGAAGAUUUCGAAGCUUGCAAUCGCCGCUGAAACCGAUGAGGACCGUUAUGUCACGAAAACACGUGUUGUCUGUUAUCCUUGCUGUCAGAAUGAUCUCGAUGCAUCCAGAGGUAGGCUGCCAGCUGUAAUUGACGGCGUGAUGAAAGCGAUGACCUUCUCCAAAAGAGAGGAAGUCAAGGCCUGGGAGCAGGAGUUCAUCCCCUGCGAGCAUACCAUAAAUCUAAUCCAGGGAGCGUCAAGACAGAUUGAAUCUAAGGAGCUAGUCCAGUGUUCCAUGUGUAACCUGAAAGAGAACCUCUGGCUAUGUCUAGAAUGCGGCAACCUUGGCUGCGGUCGCAGUCAGUUUGGCGGAGUUGGAGGAAACUCGCAUGCACUUGCGCAUUCUGACAUAAAAUCGCAUGCCGUUGCAGUGAAGCUGGGUUCUAUAACUGCAGAUGGCUCGGCAGACGUGUACUGCUAUAGAUGCAACGAAGAAAGGACCGAUCCUAACCUGGCUACUCAUCUUGCUAAUUGGGGCAUCAAUCUAGCGGGCCGUGAGAAGACAGAGAAAAGCCUUAUGGAGAUGCAGGUUGAGCAAAAUAUGAGAUGGGAAUUUUCGAUGACUUCUGAGGACGGCCAUGAACUUACACCGGUGUUUGGGCCAGGAUUAACCGGCUUGACUAACUUAGGAAACAGUUGUUAUCUCUCAAGUGUUGUCCAAUGCCUUUUCGCCUUGCCUGAGUUCCAAAAACGAUAUUACCAUCCUAACAGCGAGCCGCCGCACACGCAAAGGCCAGCGGAGGACCUUGAAACCCAACUGCGGAAGCUGGCCGACGGCAUCCUCUCUGGCAGAUACUCCAGACCCGAUAGCGAUGUCAGGUCUUCCCCUGAUUCAGCUGAAGUUCCUCAUCAAAAGGGCUUAGCACCCGCCAUGUUCAAGCAUCUCGUUGGCCGUAAUCAUGAAGAAUUCUCUACGAUGAGACAACAGGAUGCGUUCGAGUUCAUGCUUCACCUCUUCAAGCAGAUAAACUUGUCCAAGCAUCCCGGAGGAUUAGAUAACCCAAUCACCUCGUUCGGCUUCUCUAUGCAACAGCGUCUCCAAUGUUUGCAGUGCAAGAAGGUUCGUUACAGGGCUGACGCACAAGAUAACAUUUCGAUCCCUGUUCCCGCUCGUCGGCUCCCCGAUGCAAAUGCUUCUGGCUCCACAAACGAGUAUGAGAGUGUCACUCUAGCAGAAUGUCUGGAUGCUUUUACAGCCGAGGAAGUUGUUGAAUUCAGCUGCCCGUCCUGCGGUUCCACGGAGGGGUUCAAUAAGCAAUCUUCAUUCAAAACCCUACCGCAGAAACUGGUUAUUAAUGCGCGGAGGUUCGAACUGAUAAAUUGGGUACCCACAAAGUUGAAUAUUCCGGUAGAAGUUGAUGAGGAGCCAAUAGACUUUGGUACUUACCUUUCCUCCGGGCCCAAUCCAGAUGAGGAGCUUCUCCCUGACAUUCAGGAACCUGAAAAUACGUUUAAGCCCAAUGAAAUUGCGAUGGAACAGCUUGUCGGCAUGGGUUUUCCGAAUACAAGGUGCGAAAGGGCGCUUUAUGUGACCGGCAACUCGGAUGUUGAGGCUGCUAUGAACUGGCUCUUUGCUCACAUGGAAGACCCUGAUAUCGACGAGCCGCUCGAUAAGGUGGUUACCAGCACCUCAGGGAGCCAGCAAGACCCAGCUAAGGUUGCGCAGUUGACUGAAAUGGGCAUAAAUUCUGGUCAUGCUAGGAGGGCAUUGGCAGCGACGGAGGGGGAUCUCAACAGGGCAAUUGAUUGGGUGUUCACCCAUCCGGAGGAUUCAAUGGACAUCGGUCCAGACUCUGACAUCCCUGAAUCCAGUGAUAUACAUCUAGACUCUGAUGCCACGCCAGCAAAAUACCAAUUGCAAUCAAUAGUGUGCCACAAAGGCUCAUCUGUGCAUGCUGGGCACUAUGUCGCAAUUGUGCGUAAGGCCGUGCCAGGAAGUAAUGGUACUCGGUGGGUCAUGUUCAAUGAUGAGAAGGUUGUUCAGGUGGAUGACAUACAAGAGAUGAAGAAGUUCGCAUAUAUUUACGUAUUCUCUCGGACCUAACCUAUGAAAUCAAUCGGGUACAUGAACUGUUGUAUAGGUAUUAUGGGUUACUGAUAAUGUUUGUCAUAUGGUGAGAUGUACUCGUUGCUACGGCCGCCGUAUUCUGACGGGUUAGGUCGGCGACGGAUGAUUAUAUUAUAUCAGAUUAUCAUAUUCGGGCAUUUCGUAAAGCUAGUUGAUCAUUAUUCAUUCAUUCGGUUAACCUGUCUAAAUCGUGACUUGAAUAAUAAUAUUCAAUUUCAUGCAUUUAGAAACUACUACAGAUUAUUAUGAACAAAGUAGGUGAUGAGAAAUCGUUGGUUUGUUGGUUUAACUGAUAUAAGGAACUACUGUCAGGAAACAAAAGAGUUAAGAUGGGACUAUAAUACUAUAAUUACCGCAGAUACCUGCAAAUCUUUAAGAUGUUAUAUAUGUAUUUAGAUAUAUAUAUAACAAGUUAACCACAUUGAUUUUAUUUAGUUA